AUGGACGCCGCUGUUGGCUUGGAACAGCUAUUUGCUGUGCAUAGGGACGUGCCCGCGUUAGCCGUGUUGCAACAGCUCAGGAUGGAUUUCAGCCAGCAACAGCCUCAAGAGCUGCUGCACAACCACCGGGAAUGUCUUCAGUUGGGCACGUGUAGUUUUGGUCGGCGGGGUCGCAUUGCGCACAGAAACCAAGACAGGCUGGCAGGUGGAAUGCAGGACAAGGGCGUAACCGGGCGCAUGGAGAAUCUUGAUAGGAAAAUACAGGAGGUCGAGUCGCAGAUAGAGGCAACGGAGGAUGCACUAAAAGAAUGCAAGGACAAAGAUGAGUUGGCUCACUUGCGCGAGGAGAAGCGCCAACUCCGCGAGGAGGAGCGCCAACUCCGCGAGGAGAAGCUCAAACUUCUCGAGAAGGAGCGCCAACUCCGCGAGGAGAAGCUCAAACUUCGCGAGGAGGAGCUCUUGCGUCUCAAGAUGCAAUGCGCGGCGGCAGGGCUGGGCCCCGGGAGCACAGCAGCUGACGGAGGCGCAUGGACGCGGCUGGAAUUCGAGAAGCUUGUGAUGUCCUCUCUUAACAAGAUUCAAGCGACUCUGACGAACCUCCAGCUAUCUGUCCCCAUAGUCACGGUCACUCCGUCAUCCUGCUCAUCGACACAACGCAAGCAGAUAGAGGAGGCGGUGAGCGUGCGGUUCAACUACGUCACAGCCGCUCAGGCGCCGUGCUGCUGUCCAUUUGCGAAGCCCUGGUCUCCCGAGAAGCCGCCCAGGUUCAGCUGGGGAAGGGCCGAUGUGGUGGUCCUCCCCGUGCAGGCCAUCGAGUGGCUGGCGGGUAGGGUCCUCUGCGGCAACAUCAACAUUGUAAUCAAGACGUCCAAGACGGACUACAUCUUCGUCCCUGAGGCAGCCUGGAAGGAUUGCCAGGAGCGGUUCGGUGCCGAGCUGUUUGAAGGGUAUAAGCUGUGCGUCACGUCGGGCACGACGACUAGUGCGCUGCUGUCCAUGAUUGACUCAGUCAUUGCGCUGUACGAGGCCAAGACCGAGAAGGCCCUGAAGGACAGCCUGCCGAGUGUGCGUGCCCAGGCGCUGCUCGAGUAUCUGGCGAUCAACCAGAUGAAGGACUGGCCAACUGACGAUGUGAUUGUGCUGUUCGGUGACCUCAACCGACACUUCGUGGUGCACGCCGGCCGCAAGGAUGCAGACGCACCAAAGAGAUCCAUUCACGUGGCGGGACCGGCCCCACUUCCCGCUGUGCUGAAGGAGUCCCCCUCUACAGAGGCGGACAGGAGCCCUCUGAGCUCAACACUUGGGUUCAUACGGGCUCUGCUGGAGACAAGCCGGACUGAAGAGGCCAGCAGUACCGGUGGAGGUUUGGGGCGAGGGGCCACCAGGAACGAUGAGGGAGGUUCUGGCAGCAGUGGGCAAGGCGCCACCAACAGCCGCAGGGAAGGGGCCCAUGGUAGCGGGGGAGGCGCCAGCGGCAGUGGAGGCAGGGGGGCUGGCAGUGACAGCGGCCAUAGCGAUGCCGCCGAUGCCGCCGACAACUGGGCGGGGGCUGGCAGCGGCAGGAGGCACGGAAAGUCUGGCAGCAGCGGUGCUGACAGCUCAGGUGGCUUGGUUGGUGGAGAGAGCUUUGACGGGGAUGAGGGGAUUCUGGAGGCGGCGCGGGACAACGCGAGUGCACAGGCCUUCAUGUCGCUCCUGCGGCUGCCCGAGGUGUACGAGCCACUGGGGUUCAAGGAGCCGCCCAAGUCCUUCCGACCCCCAACAAAGGAGGAGUUGCUGGCCAGGUUCCGGCCUUUUGAGGGUUAGGGAGCAAGGCAACCGGCGCACACACCUGGUGCUCCUUGACCGUGUGCACUGCGCAUUCAGUCAUCCAUACCGCAGCACUACCGCAGCCUCUGCCGCAGCCUCUGCCGCAUGCACUUCUGGUGGUGACAAGGUGCUCCCCGGCAGCACGGGGCAUCACUAAGCUGCGCUGUCCUGCCAUCGCAUCCGUCCACCACUGCUGGGGUGGGCAUGAACAGCAGGGGCUUGGCACCAUCGAGCUGGGCCACUGGGUGUGGUGCUGGUGUGGCUGGACUCUGGCGGUGUGGGUGUGGGUGUGUACAUGGGGCGUGCUUGUAUGAGACCAAGAGACAUCAGGGAUGGAAUGCGUGUUGCAGAAUAUAAUUCAGCAGAUUGUUUGGUGGAUUGUGUGUGUGUGUGUGACUGUGUUUGAGAACAGAAGACUUUAGUGAAAGACGUGUAUGCAUUGCCGUGCAUACUGACUGUGUGUGUGUGUGUAAACUACAAAAAAGGAAAAGCGGAACACGGAAUGUGUGCAAUUGCGGUGCAACAGCAAAGGCAGCGGCUCUAGGUGUUACCUUGCGAGCGAUGCAAGGCUUGUAUCGCGUGCAGGUGUUGCAAUGUGCACAGUGUGUAUGUAGAGGGGUGCGGCAGUGGCCGGUGCAGGGUGUAGAGCUGUAGCUGAACAAUACCUGUGGCAGCGGCUUGUGAUAGCCAGGUGCUGGGUGGUGGGCCUGAGGGCAGUAGCGUGGGUUGGUAGUGAAGCCUUAACUGCCACAGAACGCGCAUUCUGGGUACGCAUUGUGGGAAGAGUAGAUAGGGACUGGGUUGUGCUGCAUGGCAGGUUGUGACCUGGCGGCUCAGCCCUGACGACCGUUUUGCUAUUGGGCGAAUUGAGGGAAGCUAGGACACAUGCUGAUAUGGGUUUUGAACAGGACUGCUGG